GCUGCGGCCGGGGGCCCUGCCCGCGGCUCGGGGGUGCAGAGCACCCUCUCCCGGCGCUGCCUGACAACAGCUGCCGGACUUUUUUAUUACUUUUUUUUUUUUGUAAUUAUUUUUUUCUGCCUGCCAGCUGGGGCGGCUCAUCCCAUCCCGUCCCGUCCCGUCCCGUCGCUGAGCGGUGCCGCUCGCCGGGCGAUGCCGCGCCCCGCGCCCCGCGGCUGAGCGGCUCCCGCCGGGGCUCCAUGGGCUGCACCGGCAGCGCCCUGCGCUGCUGCCCCGUCCGUGCCGAGAGACAGCUAAAAGCCCAGCAGCAGAGAGGAUCUGCUUCCCAGGAGCUCUCAGCCUUGAAGACAGAGAAUGCCAAUGCCUCCCUGCUUCCUGAGGAUGGGGAGAAGGCAGCACGGCCAGAGGAGCGGACGGACAGUGCAAGACUCUUCCAAGGCCAGGAGGAGAAGGAGGAGCAGCUGCAGGAUGCUGGCCAGGCAGGCACUGCGAGCAUCUCUCACGACAUUGAGAUCCAGGUGGAAAAGGAAAAAGUGCUAGAGCUGAAGGUACAGCUUGAUGCCCUGAGGAGAGAGCACACAGACACCCUGCAAGAGCUCCGGGGAGCACACGAGCAGGAGAAGCUGCUGCUGACAGAGUCCCACCACAGGUCUGAGGCAGCCUUACAGGAGAAAAUUCAGGCACUGAACUCCCAGCUGAAAUCCUUCCAGGAGAGGAUGAAGCGGGUGGAGGAGUCACUGUUGAGAACAGACUACAAGAAGCACAUACAGGAACAUGGGAGCCCCAGCCCCUUCUGGGAGCAGGAGCUGGAGAGCCUGCACUUCGUCAUCGAGAUGAAGAACGAGCACAUCCACAGCCUGGACAAGAAGCUGCUGCACCUGGAGACCGUGGAGGAGAGGAACCUUCUGCUGGAGGAGAGGGUGAAAACUCUCCAGCAGGAGAACGAGGAUCUGCAAGUUCGCACGCAGAACCACUUGGUGAUGGCGAGGCAGCUGUCCGAGGAGCUGCAGGCCGCCCGCGGGGCGCUGGAGAAGGAGGCGCAGCUGCUGGAUCAGGCUCGCCGGGAGAAGGAGGAGCUGCUGUACCGUGUGCUGGACGCGGGGGACGGCGCCCCGUUCCCCAUGGCUGCCGGAGAGGUGCCCCUCAUCGCCACGUAGCACCGGGGGGACUGCCGGGGCUGCCCUCACCGUGCCCCGGCCGGGGCAGGGCUCCGGGCUGGCCGCGCCCCUGGGGCGCCCCACGGACCGCAGUGAUGGAGCGUGUCACGGACACUCGCGCCUGCAUUUCCCCAGCCCGUGCGCGGCUGCAGAGGGACUCUGGCCUCCCACCCGUGCGGUCCCUACACCCCUUGCUCUGCUGAGGGGCUGUCUGGGGUGAAAGGGGUCAGCCAGGGCACGCAGACUUGCAUUGGGCUGGAUCCGACCCAACGCUUGGCUAUGAGUUCAAACGGCACCAGUGAUGCCCCAGGGCAUUAGGACGAUGAGGAGGCCACUGAGGCAGGAAGGGGACAAGCACUGGGAGGAUGAGGAGGGCACUGGGGACAUGGUGUUAACCUCACCAAGCAGGGCUCCCAUCCACACCCUCCUGUUCCCAUCACCUCCUCCACCUUCAGCAAAUAUCUCCCAGGUACUGCUCCUGCAGCUCAGGCAUGUCCCAGCUCACUGCCACGACGACCCCAAGCCCUACUUGUCCCUGCUGCCCAUCAGCAGCAUCACCAGUCCCAUCUGCUCCCUCAAAGCUGGGCAGAGGCUGGAGCUGCACAUUUAUGGAGCAGGGAAUCCUCCCAGGGGUGUCAGGCUUUGGCAGGUCACAUCCCUCUGCUCAAGCCAAUGCAUGUCCAUCAGGGAAGGUGCUGCCGGAAUGGCUGUGGGUCAGGGCUGGAUGCACACAAGCACUUUCCCCUGGGUGCACGAGUGUGGUGGGUGUGUGGGUGUGUGUGUGGGCUGCUGGCUGUAACAAUUACAAAUCUGUAAGAAAGAGCAGCCUCAGGAAUCCCAUGUCAGUGGUUUGCAGGACUGAUGCAGGAGAGUCCCAGAGUGGGGCUGUGUGCCCCACACCCCAUACAGUGGGAAGAAGGGGAAGGGUGGGAGCUGGCACCACAAAGACUCCACAAGGAAGCUCCAGAUGAGGCCCUUAAGGCCGAUCCCCAUUCUCCUGCUCCUUCCCUCCUUUCCUUCAUUUCAAUGGGCUCCCAGCUCAGGGCAGACCUGGACCCUCCCAGCAUCAGGGCCACUGCAACAGCCACUUCCGUCCUUUGUGCUGACCCUUAGCAGGAAUAGAGCAGCUGAACGGGCAGCCAGGAAGGCAACGUGGAUGUGGGGUCCAGCUCUUACCCACACACCUCCAUGGGGUGGCCAGAGGGGGAAAUGGGGGAGCCUGUUGUGUCAGAACCAUGUCCCCCCAGGGCACCCUCUGCUCCACACAUCAUCUGUGCCUCCCCCACGUGCUGCAGCACCAAAGCAGGGGAUGCCCCAGCAAAUCCUGCCUGGUUAUGGCUGAAGGGAUCAGGAUUUCUGGACAAAGGGAUAUGAGGUCUGGGAUCCUGCCCUGGACACCUGGUACCAUGUCCCAGUGCUCCAAAGGCAGAUCCUGCGUGGGACUUGGAAGAAUGUGCCUGACUCUGGGAAAGGGGACACUGGGAACUGAGGAGGUGGAAUAAAUGAGUGCAGAAAAAGACUUGCACACUGUGAAGGGGGAGAAGCCUGGACCAGGCAGUACCUUGGCAGUCAUGAGGGGAAUGACAGGUUAGCUCAGGCUGGGUGCCCAGGCAAAAUGGAGGGUCAGGGCAGCAUGAGAAGCCGACACCCCAUUGUGAGCAGCUGAAGGAGCAGGGUGGGCAAGGGCAAAGGGACCUGUGGGGGGAUGCAGGGAAAGGUUUCAAAGGAAAAAAACUAAAACCACAGUCCAGUAACAGCAGCAAAAACAAUUGUGUGCUUUAUCUUCUCCAAACAGAACCCCUCCUGCAGGGCUUUCAGGAUUUAGGUUGCUCAGGGAGGUUCACCAGACUCGGGGAAGCAGCUCCUGCAGCUCUGACAGGCUGGCCCCCUCUGUGGGACAGGACCCACAGCCCCAGGGGCUUUCUUGCUCCCUGGGCACAGGAUGGAGGGAGCCAGGCACCCUUUUAUUGCCCUGGAGCAGAUGGGCACAGGGCAGUCCCACGGGGCUCCAGGGCCACCUCCCUGCCUCUGCUUCCCAGCAGCUCCUGGGGACCCGUCCCUUCAAGCCAGUGGCUCUCAGAGCUGUGCCAGAUCCCAUAGCCAAAGUAAAGGAGGAAGCCUGGGAAAGGGCAGAAUAGGGUGUGUAUGGACUGCUCCUUUUCCUUUCCCUCCCAGCCACCAAGUGCUUGCCCCUCCCUUUGGGCAACAUAUCAGAGGUCACGGUGCUCCCACCACUGCUGGACAUCAAAGGUCAGCAUCUCCUGCCUCCCCACCACCCUUCAGAGCAGCAGUAGUGCCACGGGCUCUCAAACCACCAGAGCUCCACCCAGAGGGGCUGGUGGUGGCUCUGGGACCUCGUGAGUGGCCCUGCUUACCCACAGCCAUCCAGAGCAGGCACUGUGAGUGGCUGUGCUUACCCACAGCCAUCCAGAGCAGGCACUGUGAGUGGCCCUGCUUACCCACAGCCAUCCAGAGCAGGCACUGUGAGUGGCUGUGCUUACCCACAGCCAUCCAGAGCAGGCAGUGUGAGUGGCCCUGCUUACCCACAGCCAUCCAGAGCAGGCACUGUGAGUGGCCCUGCUUACCCACAGCCAUCCAGAGCAGGCACUGUGAGAGGCCCUGCUUACCCACAGCCAUCCAGAGCAGGUAUCUCAGCCAGGCAGCUGUGCUGAGCCGGGCCAGCAGCACAGUGUUGGUGGAGAUGCUGAGGAGAGGCAGGAAGGGCAGGCAGGGAACCUGCAGGGAGCACAAGGGUAAAUUCCACAGCUAAAUUCAGCUCUUUGCUGCUUUGGCUGGUUAUCCACAGGCAAGGGGAAGCCCAGCCUGGCUGUGGGGCUAAGACAUCCAAGCUGGGACUGCAGCCUGUGCUGGAGAGGGAUGCUUGUGGAGGGUGCUCUGGUUGGCAGGUCCUGCACUGGGGCAGGAGGUACUGCAGAAUUUGAGGUGAGAGGAAGCAAAGCACUCAUAAAACUA